AUGAUGCAACUCACACCCGAAUUACAAAGUCUACUUUUCGGUUUUUCAUCAACGGAGGAAGAUACACAGCUGGAACAACAUUUAGAGGAGCAUCAUAGACAUGCACAAUCAUCAACUACUACUGAUUAUCAAUCAACAAGAAGCUCGGAUUUUAAUCAUCACAACGAUUUGAACAAAUUAUUUGCCGAACACAAAGUUUAUUCCGAGAAUGCUCUAGCCUUUAUGAAGCGAAAGAAAACAGAUGCCAUGCAGACAGGUAUAGAACCUUUUGAUUCUAUUAUUGGUGAGAUGAAACUUGCAGGAUCCAUUAUUGAAUUAUACGGAAAUGAAGGUCAGGGAAUGACACAAACUUGCUAUACAAGUAUUUGCCAUAUGGCCAUGCCAACACAUUUCAAAAUAUUACAAUUUUCAGGAGAUGAGAAAACAAAACCUAGGGAAGGAUAUCAUGUAUUAUAUUUUGAUUUGGAUGACAAAUUCGAUCAACACCGAUUUAUUGAAAUUAUUGAAAUGUGUAUUUUUAAAUCGUAUUUUGAUUUGAAGAAAAAGAGAGGUGAACACAUAAAUUAUGAUGACAUUACGGAAGAGAAUGUAGUAGAAGAAGUUUUUGAAUCUUCUGAAAGUAAUUACAAAUCAUUCAUCAUGGAAGUUUUAAGUCGAGUACAUAUCUUUCGUAUUGAUAAUUCAUUUCAACUAGCACUCGCGUUCGAAGCUUUGUACAAACGCCAUUUGGAAAGUAAUAAGCUCAGAGACAAGUAUAUUUCACAAGAUGUGGAUGAAGACGAGAAUUUUCUCACUCAACAACGAGUGUCUCUCAGAUCUGUGGAUAAAGGAGAUAAGGACGCUCUUGAACAACUCAACUCUUACAAGGCCAUUGUAGUGAAUAGUUUAACACAAUUCUACAAGACAUACAAUGAACAUGACAGAAAGAAUUGGGAGAGGGCUAUAGAGUUGCUUGUACUUUUAACACAUGGAAAGCAAAUAUUUACUCUCGCAACAGUAUAUGACCCUUUCAGCAAAACAUCUCGCCAAAAGUACAAUCAAAAGAGGAAUACGAGCUUUUACCAAGGAGCCAACAGACAAUUUAAUGAAGAUCGAUUAGCAUCUGAACUCAUACAGUUACAUCGUGACGUUUUGAAGUACCCAACAUGGACGCAACAAGUGAAUUAUCGUUUGCUUUUUGGAGGUGAUUAUCCUGAUGCUUCAUUGAUGCCAGCAGGGGUCAAGUAUGCAUAUCUACAAACUCUUCAUAGUGGCAACACUGCCUCUAGCAAUUUCCAAAUUCCACACGGAUACAAGGAUCUUUUUAAGAUUCAAAUAUUGGAUCACGGUACCUUGUUUUUCAAAUAA